GAAGGUGCAAAUGGUGUCGUUGCCCUGCAUUGGCCACAUUCCUCGUUGGUUUCUGCCACUCUCUUCAACAGCGUUACGAAUCCGACCAAUCGGGUUCUCUACCAAGAUGGCUACAGAAGACUACACUUUUGGGCCUUACAAGAUUCCCCACAGUGAAGUGUUCUACUCCACCCAUCUCUCUUAUGCCAUGGUUAACCUGCGUCCUCUUCUCCCUGCACAUGUGCUUAUCUGUCCAAAGCGUGAAGUUAAACGAUUUGUUGAUCUCACCGCUGAUGAGACUUCUGAUUUAUGGCUCACUGCACAAAAAGUUGGAAGACAGCUUGAGAGCUACCACAAGGCUUCAUCACUUACUUUGGCCAUCCAAGAUGGCCCCCAAGCAGGACAGACAGUGCCUCAUGUUCACAUUCAUGUUGUCCCUCGGAAAGGUGGCGAUUUUGAGAAGAACGAUGAGAUAUACGAUGCAAUGGAUGAGAAGGAGAAGGAAUUGAAAGAAAAGCUUGACUUGGACAAGGAGAGGAAAGACAGAAGCUUUGAAGAGAUGUCUCAGGAGGCAGAUGAAUACAGAAAACUUUUCUUAUAACUUUUUGGCUGGCAGAAUUUAAAUUCUGUCUGCAGAUUUUCUCAUUAUAGAUCAUUUAAUGCACUUCCUAGUAGCCACAGAAAAGUUUAUUCCACCACUUUAGAACUUUGCAUUGCACUGAACCAUACAAAUCACACAAAUUCUAGUCCUCAGGGGAACUUAUUAUUUAUGGUUACAUGUAGCAUUGUACUCAUAUCA